GAGUUCCUGCACGACCGACUGGUUCACAAUAGUUUUUAUUUUAAAUGGGGGAACAAAACGAACUACAGACUCUAAAAAAGACAACAUAUGCCGGAGAAACGUUCGAGCAUCCUGCGAUAUCAUUGCCAGACACACAAAAAGGACAAUGGACAGCAUUGCUGAUUUUUGCCGGUUAUUGUUCAACGCUCGGAACUGCAGUUCCAGCCGGAUAUUGUAUCGGUGUAAUGAACAGCCCAGGAGUGUUUAUGCGAGCAUGGUGCAAGGACAUCUUGGCGUGGCGUAACAACACACAUUUAUCUGCAGCGAGUCUAGAUCUCUUGUGGUCUGCUAUAAUUUCCAUAUUUUUAGUUGGGGGAGCAGUGGGGUCGUAUGCAGGUGCGAUUGUUGCCAAUAAAUUUGGAAGGAAACGCUGUGUCAUGUUUUGUGGAUUGCUGUUUUGUACUGGCGGAAUCUGUUUUUUCUUGUGCCGCAUACUAAACUCUAUCGAAAUGCUGGUAUUGGGCCGUUUCUUAGUUGGGUUGGCGUCUGGAUUGACAACUUCGUCAUUGCCGAUGUAUUUAAGUGAAAUAGCUCCCUUAAAAUAUUUUCUCUAUCCGGAGAGUCCGAAAUGGCUUUACGCGAUAAAAGGUGACCGAGAAGAGGCCCAAGUGCAACUCGCACGCUUAAGAGGGGGCAACUUUAAGCCGAACGAUUUCAUCAGCGAAAUGGACAGUGGGGAGGAUGAAGAUGCUAGGGGCUAUUUGGAUGUCCUGAAAGAUAGAAAGCUUCUUUUACCGCUUAUAAUUGUGUGUAUUUACCAAGGUGGCCAACAACUAUCGGGGAUUAAUGCAAUUUUUUAUUACUCUGUGUCGAUUUUUCGUAAAGCUGGUUUAUCCGAUCAAGAAGCAGAAUGGGCAAACUUGGGGGCGGGGUCAUUAAAUCUAGCUGUCUCACUUCUAGGGCCAUUUCUAAUGGCCAGAGUGAAUCGCCGACCCCUCAUGUUGGUUUCAAGCAUGUUGUGCAGUAUAUUCCUCCUAAGUUUUGCUUUAAUGUUGCAUUUUAUUGAUGAUGUUAGCUGGUUCGCAGCUGGAUGUAUAGCUUGUAUAUACUUUUACAUAUUUUCCUUCCAAUUUGGGGUUGGCCCGAUACCAUUUUUUAUUGGCUCUGAAUUGUUUCAAGUUGCCCCCAGACCGGUUGCAAUGUCCCUGGGAAGUUUAUCUUCGUGGUGCUGUAAUUUCACUGUGGGCAUGGCCUUUCCAACGUUGCAAAAUAUGUGGGGUCCCUUCUCAUUUUUGCCAUUUUCGAUUACGUGCUUCAUAAUGUUUCUACUCACAAUGUUCUACCUCCCGGAAACCAGAGGCCGCAAUCCAUCUGAAGUAGCUCAGAUUGUGUCGAGAGGAUUUCACUCCAAAGUUUUAUAAUUUAUGUAAUUGUACUCGCGUGUCAUCGGGCUAAUGUGUAUAUAUGUGUAAAAAAUUGUAGUUAAUCCAUAGAUUCCUGAUUCUUAAGCACCCGUUCAAAAUUGUUUGCUUUGAGUUAUUGACGCAGAAGGUUGCACCAUUCUUAAAUGUCGUAUUGUACGAAACAUUUCA